AUGAUGUCCUUUACAAGAAACUUGCUUACCCCCUUGGUGUCUCGUCGUCUAUUUUCAACUACAGUUGCCCCUCAUGCAUACUAUACAAGUACUUUGGUGUCUGAUCAGCAUAAAAAGGUGAAUUCUAAUGCCAAACUCUAUGACUUUAGAAGUGACACUGUCACUGCUCCUACGGAUGAAAUGUUUGACCUUAUGAAGUACGCCUCUAGAAAUGAUGAUGUCUUUCAGGAAGACAAGUCUGUAAAUGAUCUUCAAGAUUAUAUGGCAGAACUAACUGGGCAUGAGGCUGCUCUCUUCUGUGCCAGUGGUACUAUGACAAAUCAACUUGCUCUUCGUACUCAUUUGGUAAAUCCACCUCACUCUGUUGUUUGUGACCAUCGUGCGCAUGUUUUCCUUUGGGAAGCAGGUGGUAUUGCCAUUCACUCUCGUGCUUCUGUUUCCCCCGUGAUUGCUUCUAAUGGUAUUCAUAUUACUGCUGAUGAAAUCAAGGCUAAUCUUUUGGGUAAUGAUAUCUAUUCUGCUCCUACUCGUGUUGUUUCUCUUGAAAAUACUUUAAAUGGUAUGAUAUUCCCUAUUGAAGAAAUUGCAAAAAUUUCUCAAAUGGCUCGUCAACAUGGUCUUGCUAUGCAUCUUGAUGGUGCUCGUCUUUGGAAUGCCUCUCAAGAGACAGGUAUUCCUCUUAAAGAAUAUGGUAAGCACUUUGACUCAAUGUCUCUCUGUCUCUCUAAGGGUGUAGGCGCACCUAUUGGUUCCAUCGUGGUUGGUUCUGCUAAAUUUGUUGACCGUGUUCGUUAUUAUCGUAAACUCUUUGGUGGUGGUUGGAGACAAGCUGGUUUUAUGGCUGUGGCUGCUAAAUAUGCUAUUGAUAACAUUGUACCCACCAUGAAGGAAACUCACAAAUUAGCCAAAUAUUUAGCAGAUGAAUUUGUAGCUAUGGGUAUUGAUCUUCAAAUACCUACUCAUACGAAUAUGGUCUUUAUUGAUACUACUCGAGUUGGUCUCGAAAUUGAACGUGAUCUUAUUCCUGCCUUGGCUGAACGUAAUAUUCAGUUGGGUGGUAUGGGACAUAAGGCUCGUAUUGUUUUGCAUCAUCAAAUUGAUCGCCAAGGUGUAGAUACUUUAUUAGAAGUUGUACGCGACGCAAUUAAGGCUCGUCAAAAUUUAGAAAAUGAAGAAUUACGGCUUACUUCAAGUGAAUCCGCUUAA